CAGGCCGCGCGCCGGCGCUCGCCCCUCCCGCAGGCGCUGGCGGCCGCUCGGCACCGAGGCCGCGGCGCUCGCCAUGGCCGCCCCGCAGCGCCCGCCGCCCCGCGCCCGCCCAGCCCCGCCGCUGCCCGCUGCUGCCGCCGUCCUGCUCGCCCUGCUCCUGGCCGGGGCGCUCGGCGGGGCCCGCGCUCUGACGUGUCUGUGCUCCGACUGCAAACAAGCCAACUCCACGUGUGAAACGGAUGGCGCCUGCAUGGUCUCGGUCUUCAACCUGGACGGCGUUAAACAUCACGUUCGCACCUGCAUUCCUGAAGCCAAAUUGAUUCCUGCCGGGAAGCCCUUCUAUUGCCUGAGUUCGGAAGAUCUGCGGAAUACUCACUGCUGCUACUCUGAUUUCUGCAACAAAAUCGAUUUAAUGGUUCCCAGCGGACAUCUGAAAGAAAACGAAGCCCCGUCGAGCUGGGGUCCCGUGGAGCUGGUGGCCGUGAUUGCCGGACCCGUCUUCCUCGUGUUUGUCGUCAUGAUCAUACUCGUCUUUGUUUUUCACCACCACCAACGGGUCUAUCACAACCGGCAGCGGCUGGACGUGGAAGACCCCUCUUGUGAAAUGUGCCUGUCGAAGGAUAAGACCUUGCAAGAUCUCGUCUACGAUCUUUCCACCUCUGGCUCUGGCUCAGGUUUGCCACUUUUUGUCCAGCGGACCGUGGCUCGGACGAUUGUCCUUCAGGAGAUCAUCGGUAAAGGCCGCUUCGGUGAAGUGUGGCGCGGCCGGUGGCGCGGAGGUGACGUCGCUGUAAAGAUCUUCUCUUCACGUGAGGAGCGCUCCUGGUUUAGGGAGGCAGAAAUAUAUCAAACCGUUAUGCUGCGACACGAGAACAUCCUGGGGUUUAUUGCCGCGGAUAACAAAGAUAACGGAACGUGGACUCAGCUGUGGCUCGUCUCCGAUUACCACGAGCACGGAUCUCUCUUUGAUUACCUUAAUCGGUACACGGUGACUAUCGAGGGGAUGAUCAAACUCGCCCUGUCCGCUGCCAGCGGGCUGGCCCACCUGCACAUGGAGAUUGUGGGGACUCAGGGAAAGCCUGGGAUUGCUCACAGAGACCUGAAGUCCAAGAACAUCUUGGUGAAGAAGAACGGCACAUGUGCCAUCGCCGACCUCGGGCUGGCUGUCCGGCACGAUUCGGUUACAGAUACGAUUGAUAUUGCACCAAAUCAAAGGGUCGGAACCAAACGAUACAUGGCCCCCGAAGUCUUGGAUGAAACCAUAAACAUGAAGCAUUUUGAUUCAUUUAAAUGCGCCGAUAUCUACGCCUUGGGCUUGGUCUACUGGGAGAUUGCUCGACGGUGCAAUGCAGGAGGUAUCCAUGAGGAGUAUCAGCUUCCCUACUACGACCUUGUACCCUCUGAUCCUUCUAUUGAGGAGAUGCGGAAGGUCGUAUGUGAUCAGAAAUUACGGCCUAAUAUCCCCAACUGGUGGCAAAGCUACGAGGCGCUCCGGGUGAUGGGUAAGAUGAUGCGAGAGUGCUGGUACGCCAACGGAGCGGCUCGACUCACCGCCCUCCGCAUUAAGAAAACCCUCUCCCAGCUCAGUGUCCAGGAGGAUGUGAAAAUCUAGACCCUGAGCCCCAGCAGGAGGAAACUGCACAAAAACUGCCAUGCUAGAGUAGACGUGUGACGGAGGCCUACCUCGUGUUUCUGCCCAAUCUACUGCUACCAACCAGACAGCGUGACCUACAGGCUGCUCGGUGGGGUGACGGAGCCCUUAGAAUUGCUCCCUUCCCUGCUUGGGUAUGAAACAAUCAGAAACCUUUUUACCAUCAGCGUGAAGACUUGAGAGGGACUUAAACCUGAGGGAUCUCAGCCAUGACCGUAACUCUUUGUUUCUUUAACGGAAAUCCCUGUAAAGUUCAGCGCGUGGCGGUUGAGGCGCCGGUGCUGGGAGUGGGAAGGGAAAGGGAAGGUUUUCUUGCCGUACUCUGAGGAUGUUUUUCCAGGGACUGGCACGUUAAUGCAUUCGCAAAACAAAUGGUGCUCCCUUCUGAGAGGCUGAGCCUGAACAGUUUUAUCAGCUUCACGAAACCGUUUCCCUCCUUUUUCUUAAGCUUGAAAAAAAACCCGUCGAAAAACUGCAAUGGGACUGGCUGUCGGUGUGCGCGAUGGUGUCUGCAUGCGCGGGGCGCGCGUCCCUCUGCCUGCUCAUCUCCUCCCGUAGACGUGCGGUGUCCGCCCGUCGGGCGGCUCCUGUCUGUCCGUGCUUUCUGUGCAUGUGCAAACCGCGAGUGUGUCCUUUGAUGUGUCUGAGCUGUGCGCGCUGGUGCUCCCCGUGCCGGGUGGCGAGCGUUGGCUUGGCCAGGGGAAAAACGGCUCCUCGGCUCUCCGGUGGGCGCACAACGUCCCAUGGGGUCGCCUCACUGCCACCCCCUCCCCUUUUUUUAAGAUAAAACAAAUUAGGAACUUCACUUUGCUCCUGGAAUCCAGGGGGUUUGAUUUUCUCUUGAGCCCCUGGGGUUUGUAAUUUUUUGGUAAGGUGGAAAAGAGACCUGAGGGGAGAGAUGCGGAGCUGAGAUGCGGGUCGGAGAUAGAGCAGGGGCUGCGCCCGCAAACAGAACCCCCCAAUUCCCCACCCAGGGGCGUUCGGAGGCGGGCGCCUGGAUGAAUAAAACACCCCCCCCCCCCGCGAGGGGCCCUGGGUUUGGAAAUCACCGUCCACCUUUUUACUGCACAUCUCUAGAUAUAACCUGGAAGUGGCUGCGUAGAACUUGUUAGGGUGGGGGGCGCAUGAAUUUUCUGGUUAAAUGCCAAAUCAGGGUGAAGUAAGAGCUUUUGGGUGAUGGCAGCACCGAACACAACGUGGGAAGUGCCGGUUUCGGUGGCUCGGUCAGUAUCUCCGAUGCGUAACUCUGAAGCCAUAACUUUUAACUGGAGUGGUUUUGAUUGUUAUUUCUUUUUUUGAAUUCUUAUUUUAUGGGAGGGUCUGGAUUUUAACUUUUUUUAAUAUUGUUAAUUCUUUAUAAGAGAAGAAAAUCAAUCUAUAAUGAUUACCUCUUGACCUGUUUGUAAAGAAAUCACUGAAAAGAACAAAAAAAGCCAACCAAAUGCACACAGCUCGAUUUACACUGGAACUGUUUCUACGCAAACCUCGCGCCUGCUCGGGGAGGUUGAGGUUUCAUCUCAGCUCCGGCCACCGGGGUUAACGUUUGUUCUUGCUGUCCGUGUAUCUGUCCACAUGUCCGUCUGUCCCCAGACUCCCUAUUGUGUGUGACUUUGUGUAGAAGCAAGGGGGGGGGGGGUUUGCAUUGUGUUUUAGCCGGUGUGUGUCCCGGCUUUGUGAUCGGCCGCCGUCCCUUCCCCGUUUGUCGUGACUCCAGAGGUGACCGCGUUUCUCCGGUACCGUCCGUCCCUCAACCAAACCCCUUUGCGUUUAGAAACGGAGGUGGCGGGCGCUUCACACAUCCCCUAAAGACUCUUCAGCUGCUGGCGAUGGUCAAAGUCUUGGUGCCUGUGAACUAAACUGCCGUAGAACCCCCUGGCGCUGGUAGGUACGGCCGCCACGGGCUCUGGUUUCCCCGUAUGAGCCUGGUGACCGCGCGGCUCUUCUCGAGGACGCUAAAUCAGCUACGUAACCCGCACUGACUCCCUCCAACUGUAGCCACACAUGCAUCUGCCUCAGCGCCAAACCAAACAGCGGAGCGGUGCCGGCCCGGCCACGGCGAGCGCGGAGCCGCGGCCCGUCCGCGGCGCAAACAGCCUCGUUCGCGGAGAGAUGCCGUGGCGAGGCGGUGGAAACCGAGAGGGAUUUAGACGGGAACGCUGACUAUGUAGCAUUUCUACAGCACUUUUCAUGCAAACACAUGCCGGGGAGCUGCGGUGCUUACUUAGCUGACUGGUAGCAAACACCGGCUGCGGCAGCGCUGGGAAAAUGCAACGCUAUGGAGUUGAGACGAGGCGGACGCCGCAGCGGCUCCAAACCGGGGAGACGCCGGAUACCCGAUGGCAAACAGCGCUGGGGAGGCCGAGGUACGGAGCUUGUGCUUCUCGUCCGUGGCGCAGGGUCACCCCGUGGUACGCUGGCUUCGGAGCAUCUCUUGGUACUUCUCUGCCCCUUCUCUUUGUUUGGUUUUGUAUAUUUUAUUAGAAACGGACUGUAAAAUAGCCACUUAGACACUUUACCUCUUCAGUAUGCAAAUGUAAAUACGAUGUAAUAUAGGAAAUCUUUUGUUUAAUAUAAAAAACGAGGCUGUCGAUUUCUGCUGUACAUUAUUAAAAGUUGGUUUUAUUCA